GAUGCCAAUGCAGAAUGUAUGUGUUCAGGCCGUCUUAAGAGUUUAAUCUCAAAACAAACAAUCGCGAGAAUAACGUCGCAAGAUUGUAAAAAUGUAAACAAAUGGCUUGGCAAAAAUUCUGCCACGGGGUCCGUAACGCCGAGAAAAAUAAUGCCGAAAUAGCCUAAAAGGGAUCGCGAGAUUUAAAUCGCAAGACAAAAAUCGCAGCACAAACGUCGCAAGACAGCUUCUCACCCAAAUCAAGCAUGGAGAAUUAUGCUGAGCUCAUCAAGGCCCGGGCCGAGAAUGAAGUCCUCUGGGCUGCGGUCACUCGGUUGAACAACACCAGAGAGAAGGACAAGGAUGUACCGAACCAAUCUGUAGAACGGUCGAGCCCGCAGGAAAGGGUGCCUUGGGGAGAAGAGGUGCGGUUGCACGGAAGGCUAUCAUUGAACCUUUUCGAUGGGGGCACACGAAGCUGGUCUGACAGCGGCGAAGAGGACGAAGACGUGACCAUUUCCGGACCACAUGCAAGAAUGUUUGCGACCAUGGGCACCAUUCCAAGACGGAUCUUGCACAAUAUGCAGGAUGCGGCGGAGUCUCCGAUCCGGGACGGCGAAUCUCUCGAGGGUGAAAUGGACAGCGACGAUUCCCUUCCUCUGCUUCGAGCUGCGAUCUCCGACGAUGAGGGAGGCGUCGACGAUGACAACCACACAGGGUCGGACAUACAGUUUGAGGACGAUGAGACCCUGAAUUGGAUACCGCAAGUCGAAUCACCUGCUCCGGAAUCCGAGGAUCCCCUUCACAGUCAAAAUGACGAGGGUCGACUGUCUGAAACGAGGUCACUAGAAGACACCUCUCAUGGGCGAGAGGACUUUGAUUGGAAUUUCACCAAGGAUGACCUGGACUUUGUCGCUAGUCUGCUGACGGACCAGGAUGAAUAG